AUGGCAGGACACAAAGAAACUGAGGAAUUAAGGGGAAUAAGUGUUGACCAUGCCACCAGUGAAUAUCGUGCCAGCGGGGUUGAUGAAAGCAAAAAUACUCUUACGCGAGAGCAGGGGAUGACCAGUGCCAGCCUCAAGGCAAAUUUUGCUGUCAACAACACCAACGAUUGCGGUGACAUCGCCGGCUGCACCACGCGCGAUAGCAUAGCAAAUGGUGUUAAUCUGAAAGUUUCUCAGGCCCUGGCCUCGCUCAUUGAAAGCUGUAAUUGCUCUUGA